UUGAGUGUGUGGUGUUAAUGGCUUCCAAAGACAAGGGGGAGGGGUGGAUUUUGCCGAUCCAGUAUGAACAGCGCCGAUCCCGAUCAAUCAGCGAGUUCACUCCUUCCUUGCGACUGAGCAUCUCCCUGAGCAUUGCACAUUGCGAGAUUUGGAAAUCUGUUGGCAGCUGAAGGCGACUGAAAGCAUCAUCAUCAUCAUCAGCCCCUACCACCAUUAGCUAAUCACUACAUUCAUAUCUAUACACCAGAGAAGACAUCAGUGCAUAAACAACACACACCAUAUAUUGCUAAACUAGAGUCACUGAAAACACUACACACCAUCCAUCCAUCCAUCCAUCCAUCCAUCCACACAUCCAUCCACGCACACACACACUGGGAAAAAGUACUAUCCUAGUACUUUGCAGUGUACUACUGCUGUAUUUUCAACAUUCAAGUGUUGGGAAGUGUUUUUGUGCUUUUGUCUUUGCUGUGAACAGGAUGCCACGGAAGGGGAAGCGUUCCGAAGCAGCGAAGCGCCGAUGGAGGAAGCUGGACCUUGCUGAUCCACAGACGGGCCAGACCAGCGCACCCCAGCAGCCUGGGUCCCCACCCUCGACGACCAGCGAUGGGACCACCCUGCAGUCUCCCACGAAGAAGAGAGCCAGGUUCCAGACCUCCCCUCUGGCCGACCAGCCCCGUGUGGUGGAUGCCUGCUCCGCCACUUCUUCUGUGGUUGCCCAGGAGUCUCUGGCCAGACACCAGCCUCCGAGACACGUCCGAGGCACUGGGCGGCGCCACACCGUGCGGAAAUGGCCAGUUUCUGCAGUGACUGGGAAGAACCACAAGCUGGUCAUUCCAGCCGUGGCUCAGGGCAAGCGGUUUGUCCUGAUCGUUGGAGACUCCCAUCUGCGAGCCAUUGCAGAUGGAUUUGUGAAGAUGCCGGAGGGACCCUUGUCUUUUGGAGUGAUGUCCACCCCGGGUGCCACGGCGGCUCAGUUGUGGGCUGAGGUGCAGAAUGCGGUUCUGUCUCGUUCUCCUGAGGCGGUCUGUGUUUUGGCACCCAGCAACAACUUGGGUCGUCCCGUUGGCGAGGCAGCCACUGACUUCGGGCAGCUCCUGACCGCCACCUGCAGCCGCUGGCCUAACGUCGUCGUCGUGGACUUUCCUCCACGUCUGAACGUCGUGGUGGCCCAGCAGGAUCGUCUGCGCCGGGAGUACCGUCGGGUGGCAGCUAGCAUGGGUAUUCCCUACCUAUCCUCAGCUGACCACUUCCCGCUGUCACGCCUUGAGAUGUGGUGUAGGGAUGGCUUUCCAGGUUUACUAAUCAUUUUGGGUUAUGUGUGGCAGGUACACCUCAGUGACAGCGAUGGGAUGCCUGUGCUUGCCAGGUUGUUGUGGGUUGCUGCCCGCCGUCAGCUGGAGAGUACCGCACCCACCCCACCCCCUCCACCUCCGCCACCAGCUCCUCCUAUGUCACCGCCGGGCGAGCCCCAUCGUCCUUGGUCAUCCCUGUUCCAGAAGCUGGAGACGACUGCACCACCAGCACCUUCUCUUCAGACGUCCCCACCGAUGCGAGUGUUCCUGCCGAAAGUGGUCGUGAAGGGUGAGGUCACCGUGCAGCAUCCUUCCAACCCUUUUGACUGGACACUCAUUGGCAGCGCAGAGGGGAGGAGUCGACGUGUCAAGUCCAAGGUGCCCCGUGACUCCAGCAAAGGGAUGUGCAAGCAGCAGGAGGACCUGUUGCAGUGCAACAUCCCUGUGAACCCUGUGUGGUUCAGCCCGCCCAUGCUGGUUGCAAUGGACAAGCUGGCUCCAUCGCAUCUUCCAAGCCCUGAGACCUCCACAGUUAUCCCCAAGGGCAAGAAGGCGGUGACUGCAGAGUGCCAACCGCGUCGUCCAGCCUCCAAGAGGAGAGUGGGAGAGCUGCAGAUGGAGGCAACAUCGCCACCUUCCUCCACGCCACUGCAGCACAUUGUACAGGAUGAGGCCAGCUGGAUGGAGGAAACACCACAUCGUGUGGAGCUGCCUUCCACCCCAACGCCACCUUGCAGUCCCGGGCCAGUGGUCGUCACAGAGGAGACGUGUGCGCCAUCCUCCACACCACCACAGCACAUUGUCAUGGAUGGGACCAGCUGGACUGAGGCGAAGGCGACACUGCAUACUGUAGAGCUGCCGUCAACACCAUCAUCACCGCCUUGUAGUCCAGAGACAGUGGUUCAGAGAGACAUUUGUGCAAAGUCCUCAAUGCCACUACUGCACAUUGUCAUGGAUGGGACCAGCCAGGAUUGUGGCACAGAAGCUGGUCGACGCAUUCGUACCGUCCGGGCCACUCACUCCCAGAUGGAUUUGAGCUACAGAGGAGAACAGGUUCAACUCGCAUUCUGAUACCAACUGCAGGACAUGACAGAAAAGGGAAAAGACAAUCCUUUACAGAAACAUUUCCCGGACGUGUUAAUACUUCAUUCCUGUUGUAAUACGUAGUUACCUACCACAUACAUAUGUUCACUAUGCCUUUUUGUUCUCAAGCGUUUGCACCUUUAUGUAUAAAGACCAUUAUUAUGCAUAAUCAUGCUGUACCAAACAUUUUUGUAUUGUAACCUAAAUGGUCGAGACAGACGGCUGCCCCACUGAGCCUGGGUUCUGUCCAAGGUUUCUUCCCAAGUGGGAGUUUUUCCUUGCCUCCGUUGCCAGGUGCUUGCUCAUGUGGGUUUCUGUUGUUCAUUUAUGACAAACUUGAUAGACCAAACUAAUGAUAAUAAUAAUGUGAACCAAAGUGCCUCGAUCACUUGUUUUGUUGUGAGUUGGUGCGAUAUAAUGUCAUUGAACACUUCUUGUAAAAUUACUGCUGUUUUUUUUCUGAAUUAUUUGAUGUGACUUGGGCCGCUGACCUAAACUGUUGAGUUACAUACGGGACAUGUUGCCUUGCUACAUGAAGUGUAGGUCAUUGGUUUUAUCUUUCUAUAUUAUACAUCACAAUACUGUUCAUAACUGGUGUAAUUGUUGACAUUUUGACUUCAAGAAUUUAAGGCUUUGUUGCAU